AUGGAUCUGACAACGCUAUUUCACAAUCUUCGCGAAGAAGUGUCUUGUUCGGUGUGCUCGGACUUAUUUACGGAUCCUAAACAUCUCUCCUGCUUUCACAGUUUCUGCUUAAAGUGCCUGAAACGAUGGCACGAAACGUGCGGCGGUGGAGGGGCCAUUAAAUGUCCAAAGUGCCAAACCCUAAGCAGAAUACCAGCAAGCAGUUAUCUGAAAGAACUACCAACUAGCUUUUAUUUGAACGGCUUGACCGAUGUUCUUGCUAUUAAAGAAUGCAAAAGAACUCAAGUGACAUGCGGAAACUGCGACAAGAAGAGUUCAGAAGCUUCGUAUUGUUUCCAGUGUUGCAUAUUUUAUUGCGAGCAAUGCCUAGUUGGUCACAAUAUGAUGCGAGACGAAAAGGAACACCGCAUAUUGGCAGUGAAAGAGUUCCAAGACAAGGACUACGAGGAUGUAUUGAAGCGACCAUUGUUUUGUUCAAAGGAA